CAGCGCCAGGCUUCAGCAUUGGAACGGGCACCAUGGAAAUGUGAUAUCAUCCACACGAAGCCACAGCAGUCGAACACAAUAGACUGCGGUUUGGACGUGCUACACUACCUGGAUAAAAUAAGGAGGUCUAUUGUGGAGCUUCGGCGGCCGAAGCAAGCACCGGCUAGUAUGAGUGGGUAG